AGAAAAUGUUUUUUAUUUUGAAUAAAAAUGAACAACGAAAGCCCGUGAAGUUUGCGAGUCUGUCUGCACUAACAAUAAUAAGCUCCUGUCACUGGGAGCAGUGCGGACUAACUGACGGACACACCCCAAAAGCCCGCGAAAACCGAUACCCAGUGGUCACGUGACUGCACUGACCAGUGAGGAGGAUUCUGCCCACUCCACCCCACCACUAGGUGCCACUACAAUUUGUUAUUUGCACUAUAUUUGUUAUUUAUUGAACUUUUUCCUUUUUUUCCGUUAUGGACAACGUUUACAUAUUCAUAUAUUCUGUCGUGCUGCAGCAAGUAAGAAGUUCAUUGUCCCGUCCGGGACAUAUGACAAAAAACACUCUUUUGACUUGAGAUUCCCAGCACCUGCAAUGUGUUGCCUUCACAUUGUUGUCCAAUGACCAGGUCACUCAGACCCUGCCCCAGUCACGUUUGCAUCCGGUUGAACCAAAAUCCAUUGUGCUGCCGUGAGGGGGCGCUACUGAGCGAUGUACAGGUAGCCGUGGAGAGCCCUGGUCGAAUUAGCACUCAUCUGUCUCCACGUUCUUUCCCCGCUGUUGCAUUCUGACCUGCUGUGUGUUUCCAAUGGGGUUUUUUUUGGUAGUUAGAUCUCUGGUGCCGGCAGUACAUUGAUAUGGUGUGUGUGAGAUGCACGAUGCAAUGUGAAAAUAGUACCCAGGUGUGUUCCCGAGGUAUUUACUCGGGCGUUACAUCCACUUGCGCUUUGUGCGUUGAAACGGUGCAACCUUCGGGGGUGGGCUGUUAUUUACUGUUUGACCCUCAUUUUUUUUUUCAAUCAGAAACAUGAAAUGCAUGAAUUUAAAGACAAAGUUGCUAAAGAACCGAAUUGCACAUUGCAAUUCACAAAGUGCUGGAGUAACUCAGUGGAUCAGGCGUGGAGGGAAUGGUUAGACUAAGUUUCGGGCCGGGACCCUUUUUCAGAAACGUUGCCUAUCCAUUCCCUCCACAGAUGCUGUUCGAACCGGUGAGUGUGUUUUGCUCAAGAUUCCAGCAUCUGCAGUUGCUCGUGUCUGUCUGCACAUUGGAUUAGGUGAGGCUUAGAAUAAAGUAAUGCACGGAUAAUGUUAGGGAAGAUGAUAGAUGUUCUGGGGUUGUGACUCCGGUAAAACUGAUCUCUGAGAGCAGUUGCUUGUGUGUGAUGUGCUGGGAGUGGGUUGGCUGAGAUGGGAUAGUCCUGAGAGUGGGGCGGAGACUCAAGGCACUGGAUCCGAUAUGCACUCACACACAAGGUAAACUCCUGUCAUAACAGCGCGGUUCUUGGAGAGUGGAGACUCAGUCUUAAGAAUGGCAUCACUUUUUAUCUCAUUCGUUCUUCUCAUCGCCUUUACCGUUGACACAGUAAUUCAAACAGAAGAGUCAUCAUCGUUCUGCAAUAUUGGAUACUUCCCAUGUGGUGAUCAGAACGUGUGCCUGCCACUGCGUCUUCGUUGCAAUGGAGUCGAAGAAUGUGCAAAUGGAACAGAUGAAAGGAAUUGUGUUGACAUUAAAAGAGAAUGGACAACAAAGCCCUGCACUAUUGGAUACUUCCCAUGUGGUGAUCAGAACGUGUGCCUGCCACAGACUCUUCAUUGCAAUGGAAUCGAAGACUGUGAUAACGGAGCAGAUGAAAGCAAUUGUGACGAUUUAUCUGGCUGGCCUCAGGUUAUGGAAUGGUAUAUGACGCAACUUAUUUUUGUGGAAGACUCGAAGGAAAAUUGCACACUUACGACAUAUCCAAGUAGUUGCACGUGUCAAGGGAUGGCUUCCAUAUGUAACGGCCUAGGGCUUCUCACUGUGCCAACGUUCUCUUCCAAUUUAGCUGUACUAGAUAUGAAUGAUAACAACAUCACAGCUCUCACAGAUGAAAUGUUCAUUGGAUAUCCAGGACUGAAUGUAUUGAGGUUACAAUAUAAUUUAAUUAGUUCCAUAUCCAAGAAAGCCUUUUGGGGGCUGCACAACUUGACAAAACUCCUUCUGAGUCACAACCGAAUUACUGUCUUGGAGCCAGGACUUUUCAAAGAUCUCCAUCAUCUUGAGUGGCUGAUCUUGGACAAUAACAUGAUAAGAAGUGUCACUCAGAAGUCCUUGGCCGGGUUGAAUCCUCUCUUCUUCUUAUAUUUGACAAAUAAUUCAUUGGAUCAUAUUCCCAACAUCUGUCGUGAGACUCCAAAUCUGCGUUGGCUUGAUCUGGAAGGGAAUAACAUUGUCAAAAUCGAGAAGACAGCAUUGGAGAUGUGCACCCGUCUUUCAGUCCUGAUUCUCCGCAACAAUGAAAUCCGACAUCUGAAAGGGAGUCCGUUUUUGAACCCUUCAGUUAUAGUUGAGCUAGACCUGUCUGGAAAUAUGAUUGAAGAAAUCCCGCCUACAUUUUUCAGAGGUCUUAUGUACAUGCAGCUGAUGAAUUUAUCAGGUAAUCCUAUCACCCAUUUACAUGUGAAUCAAUUUGAUGACCUUACAAAUCUCAAGUCCCUAGACUUGGAUAACAUCGACAGAUUGAACAUAGAGACCCGAAUGUUUAAGAAAGUGGAGAAACUAUCAUACAUAUACUUUAAUAAGUUUGAAUAUUGCAAAUAUUCCCCAAAUGUUCGGAGCUGCAAACCAAACACAGAUGGAAUCUCGUCUUUUGAAAACCUGUUGGCCAGCACCAUUCUGCGAAUCUUUGUGUGGUUUGUGGCAUUCAUCAUUUGUUUUGGAAACGUCUUUGUUAUCUGCAUGAGGUCGUUCAUUAAAACAGAAAACAGGCUACACACCCUUUCUAUCAAAUCACUCUGCUGUGCCGAUUGCUUGAUGGGAGUCUAUCUCUUCCUCAUUGGUGCCUUUGAUGUUAAGUACCGUGGGGAAUAUAACAAACAUGCCCACCAGUGGAUGGAAAGCACAAAAUGCCAGCUUAUUGGUGCACUGGCCAUGCUUUCCACUGAAGUCUCUGUCAUGCUACUGACAUACAUGACUCUAGAGAAAUACAUGUGCAUUGUCUUCCCAUUCAAUCACUAUAGACCAGGCAAGCGGCAGACCAUGUCAACGCUGAUAUUAAUCUGGAUUGCAGGUUUCAUCAUUGCAAUCAUCCCACUGUGGAACAAGUCCUUGUUUGGCAAUUACUACGGAAAGAAUGGAGUGUGCUUCCCUCUUUAUUCUGAUCAGUUCGAGAAUCUUGGAGCAAGAGGAUAUUCUACCGGAAUAUUUCUGGGUUUGAACUUACUAGCUUUCUUCAUCAUAGUCUUCUCCUACACCAGCAUGUUUUAUUCAAUCCAUAAGACGGGAGCACAGUCAGCUGAGAGGAGUUUUUUUUCCAGAGAGGUGGCGAUUGCAAAACGUUUUUUCUUCAUUGUGUUCACUGAUUUCCUCUGCUGGAUCCCCAUCUUUCUAUUGAAGAUACUAUCUCUACUCAGAGUAGAAAUACCAGGUAACGUGACAUCUUGGGUUGUAAUCUUCAUUCUGCCUAUAAACAGUGCCCUGAAUCCAAUCCUCUACACAAUUACAACUGCAUCCUUUCAGGAAAAGCUAAAGCAGUGUUUGCAGAGCCAAGAUUUUCUUGGGCCAACAAAGAGCCUCACAAGUAGCACGCAAACGAGCAAUGUAUAGCAGCCGCCCGCAAGAGCUUCACUCGAGGGAGUGCUACCAUCUUACUUUCCGAAAUGAGUGGUUUGUAACGUGGCCAAUCAUUACAACGUUGAAUGAGGCUUACCAUCUCGGCAAGAGCAAUCACUGUGUAACAGACUCACAUCUGACAGCAUAAUUCGAGGGAGCUUUAGCACCACAUUUCAUAAUCCCAUCGCUGAACUGUGGGAGAUGUAUAUCAAGUCUGGACAAAUAAUCACUGUGUAACGCAACUAUUCCUGGUGACCACGUCUCUAACAACUUCCCAUGGAUUAGUGCAACAUCUGUUACCUUUACUGCCUAACAAAUUAUGAUGUACAAACCACCAACUUAGCGUGCACUGAGUGCGGGAGGAAAGGGGUGAGGCACCCUCCAUUUAUUAGUUGGCAUGCAUUAUUCCACCCUUUCACCAGCUCCAGACCAUGAAAUUGCUCAGUGUCCCUCCCAAAUCAUCAUACACAAUUGUGCCACUGUUUUUCACCACCAAAUCAUACAAUAUUGAUACAGAGACUGUACAGCUAUCUUUGCUUUUGAAAGCGAAACUGGCAGUAAAAUAAAUUUGGACAUUACCAAUUGAGGAAAAGCAUUUUUUCAGACUUAGUAAUUUCAUACUAAGCAUAUAUAUCACACACAUUGUCAAUGUCUAAACAUUGACACUGUGGAUGUGCCAUGUACAGUAUAUCAACAUAAUGUUGUGGAAGGACCGAAUGGCAUUUGUACAGACGUGGGUUUGCACUGUGAGUGUUAAAAUGUGUAUUUCCAUGAUCUUAUACAAAUAUCACUUCAACAAUAACUGUUUGGUCUGCUAUCAAGUGUGAGCUGCUAUGCUAAGUUGAUAUGUAAGAAGGAACUGCAGAUGCUGGUUUAAAAUGAAGGUAGACACAAAAGCUGGAGUAACUCAGCGGGACAAGCAGCAUCUCUGGAGAGAAGGAAUGGGUGACGUUUCAGUCUGAAGAAGGGUCUCGACCCGAAACAUCACCCAUUCCUUCACUCCAGAGAUGCUGCCUGUCCCCGCUGAGUUACUCCAGCUUUUUGUGUCUACCUUCAUGCUCAGUUAAUAUGUCAGCUCAACCAAAUUGCGGUAGACAUAUUGAAGAACUGGCAGUGAGAUGUAGAUGACUUAUAGAGUGUCCGAUUACAGAGGACAUUCCUUCUUAAAGGGUGAACAUGAACAGGUUCUCAUAUUGAGAAACUUACAAACUGUGUGGCACUAAUCUCAAGUGAAUUUCUCUCUUCCACUUGCUAUGUGGUGUAAUAUUACGUCGCACUUGAAUUGUACGCAACUUACUUAAAAGUAAACUAUUCUUUUUUACUAGAUGUGCGUUGUGCAUGUAAAACCUUCUAUUGUAAAUGUUUUUAUUAUACUAGACGGGACUGAACUGCUCCUGUUUUUCAAUUUAUGAACUUAUUACUAUUCCUUGUGACAAUAUGUUAACAGGUAUUACAUUUUAACCUAUAUGUGCAGUUUUUAAAGCUCAUGGUAAUUUAUGAAGGUGAUGAAUUUAUGAAAGUUUUAUCCAGUGGCUUGUGAGUUAUAACCCAGAGACCUAUUCCAAGAAAUGCUAGAAUUUUUUGUUCUUGCUGUGUAAUCGUGUGUCAUUUCAUGUGCUUGCUCAUUGUUAUUGUGCUGCCAACUGCUGGAAUUAUAUUGUGCCAAUAGCAAAAUGUUCUUUUCGUCCAGUACAUACUGUAUGUGAGCAGAAACUUGACACAUGAAUUAUAUUACCAAACAGGAAGAUACAGUCCGAACCUGAACAGAGUACAUGUGAAGGGGCUGACAUUGGAACAUGCACAGUCAGUUUUGAAAGGAUUACUCAUGCUUAGUUUGUGUACAUGAUGCCAGAUUGAAAUUUGAGCAAUUAUGGGUAAAAUCCAUCAUUGUGGUUUGAAUCGGCUCUGUGGAUUAGAACGAUUAAUAACGCAGAUAAAACAAAAUUGCGUUCCAUUUUGUUCAACAGUGCUUGAUAAGGAGAGUCUAAAAGGACAACACAACAUUGCUUAUUCUCGGCUGCAAUUAGUUCCACUAACUUAAUGUUAUGAUUGUUCUUCCAGUCCACUGAUAACAACAGUAAGGCCACAUAUGCUGUUGGGAAAGGUGGAAUGCAAAGGGCAAAGACCAUAGAAUUCUUAAGUGAUGGAAUUAUUCUGUUCGCAUUCAGGCUAAUUGUGGUACCACUGCUCCUACUCUUGCAGAUAGCAGUCUCCAGGUCAAAACUGACACAGGAUCCUGUCUGCGCAUGUUAACACCUUAUCGGGCAAUGCAAUAGAGCUGCAGGUAGUUAUUUUAAGCUAGGUCCAGAUGAUUAAAAAGGAAGGUUUGCAGAACCAACUCUGCAUUCUGCAAUACAACAAAGUGAAAUUUAAAUUGGGAGAGUACCCGGGCUUCCCUGAUGCCUUAUACCCGAGACUUUCAUAACACUUCUACUCAAUCUCCUGUGUUUUAAAAUGAACAACACCCGCUCCUCCAAAACAAUGUUUUUUUUAUUCAUUCAAGGGAUGUGGCAACAUCCAACUAUCGUUCAGCUUUAAUUGCCAUUGACCAGGCGGUGGUUAGCUGCUUUCUUGAACCACGUAAUGGCCCCAAAGGAUAAAAUUAGGUUUAAAAAAAAACCUGUUAACUCAUGGACGCAGAUAGAGUAUCUUUUUAUUCCAUAUCGAUUUAAUUACUGGAAUUUCUCAUAAGCAGACUUCUACAGACCUUGAAACAUAGUCACGAAUCUCCUCUGAAUCCACUCUAUUACAAUUCCUUCCUUACUAUAAAAAUGUUGACCAAAAACAAAUAUUCCAGUGUGCCCCGCUGAGAGAUUUAUACAUUUUUAAUUUGAUUUUUCUGUUCUUAAAUUCUGUGCCUGGCCAAUGAAGUAAAAUGAGCUGUAAAAGUUUUCAUAGCUAUUUAUUUGUCCAGUAACCUUCAGGAAUUAGUGGAAAAUGCAGUCCAAGUUCCAUCUGUUCCUCUACAUAUCUCAGUUUCUGCAAAUGAGUGUGUGCCUCUUCCUUAUGUAUGUUCUCCCCAAUACAUUACCUUGAACUUCUCCAGACUGAAUUCUAUUUGAUGGUCGCCACCCAUCUGAUCACCCCAUUGGUACAUUCCUGUUGAGUUUCUCACUCUAUCACAUUCCAGAUUGUGCUAUCAUCUAGGCACUUCUUAAUUUUGCUGUCUACAUUUAAGUCUAAAUACAUCUCAAAUAACCAUUAUCACCAGAGAGAACUGAAAACGUUACAUCUUCUUAAUUGAGGUGCAACUAAGAUUUGAAGGCAACUAUGUUGCAAUUAGAGUAUAGUAUAAUCAGAUUUAAUUGGAUAACUGUACAAGUCCUCCUCCCCCUUCAGUCAUGGGGUAGACUGAUUCCCCCUCCCCCAC